AUGACUGUGGUGCUGGUGGCGGGAGCCGCCGGUGGGCUGGGCCACCGCACCGCCCUCGCCGCUGCGCGCCUGCCGGGCACUACCGUGCGCGGCCUGGUCCGCACACUGUCCCCCAGCGACCCCGGCAAGCAAAAGGCGCUGGAGGCUUUGAAGGCGGCGGGGGUUGAGCUGGCAGAGGGCGACCUCCUGCAGCCCGGCACCCUGGGCCCUGCGGUGGCUGGCGUGGAUGUGGUUGUGAGCUGCGUGAUGGGGGAUGAGGCGGCCAUGGUGGACGGCCAGGCCAACCUGCUGAAUGCCGCCAAGGAUGCGGGAUUUGUGGCCUCCACCUUCUCCAUGAACCUGUUUGCUCUGGACCCCGCGGUGCACUUCAUGAUCGCGCCCCGCCGCCGCUUUGCCGACAUCCUCAAGGACAGCGGCGUGCCGUACCUGCAUAUCAGCCUCGGCGCCUUCACGGAAGUGUUCUGGGGUUUCUUCGGGUUGUACUGCCACGAGGAUGGUACCCUUCGGUACUACGGCUCGCCUGACCAGAAGCUGGAUGUCACGACCUACCAGGACACGGCGGAGUACACGGCACGGGCGGCUAUUGACCCAGAGGCGACUGGCAUCCUGGAGUUUGCAGGAGACCAGGCAAGCGAGUGGUCCGCGGUUUCCAUCAAUGACGUGGCAGCGGCCUACAAGGAGGUGUAUGGCAAGGAGCUGCCCACCAAGUGCCUGGGCAGCACCGCAGACCUCGCCGCCGAGGCCAGCCGCCGCUUCCAAGCCGACCCCUCCGCCUGGCCAAUGUACAUCCCCCUCAUGUACCAGCGCGUCAUGUUUGACGGCAGCGCCAAGCUGCACCACGUGGCCAACAACAGGUAUCCCGAUGUGCACCCCACCGACAUGCGCUCCUUCCUGCGCCAGCACCCAGACCUGGCGGCGGUGGCGUGGUGGCCUGGCGCCCCGCUGCCGCCCGAGUACUACCGCAAGUAG